UAGAGGACCCAGCUAGUGGUGUCCUAGUUUUGUUCUUCCCACAUUAGUCCUGCGCACAGAGGGCCGUGGCUGGACUAACUUACCGGAGCGUCGCUCCACUCCACUCCACUCCAUUCCACUCCACCGGAGUUAGUCAUCGCCCACCUGAUCCUGAUCCCGUCUCCUCUCUUCCCUCUCCUCUUCACCCCCUCCUUCUCCACCUCCUCCUGAUCUGUCUCUCUCUUUCUCUCUCGCCGUUGAUCUGAUGGCCGACCCUGGGACCAGAGCUACGCGUCCACUUCCUGCCUGCGCCGAAGACGCCGAGACCCAGGGCAGGAGCCCAAGAGCCGGGCUCCUCUGAGCUCAGUGAGGGGACACCAGACAGGGGGGAGGUGGGGGCCACCGCCGCGUUGGUGGCGGUGUUCUUCUAAACAGAAGAGGACGGAGGUGGGCGGCCGCGACGGCCGUCUCCUCUCCCUCUGGCCCGGAGCACCGGCACGCUGAGGCGAUCACUGAGCCUGAACAUGCGGCGCUUCCUGAGGAGCCAGAAGGGCCGGUUCUCCCUCCGCCAGAGCCGGUCCGGCUCCUCCAGGGGCUACCGCAGCGCCUCCAAAGACUUCUCUUUGAGCAUGAUGCCGCCAUCUAACCAGGGCUGGCCGGAGGACUUUGGCUUCCGCCUUGGCGGUGACGGGCCGAGCUACAUCCUGUCCGUGGUGGAGGGCAGCAGUGCCCACAUGGCCGGCCUGCAGCCAGGGGACCAGGUGCUGGAGGUGGACGGCCAGAACGUGUCCACACUCAGCCCCCAGGCCCUCGUCACCCUGGCCAAAACCAUCAAGACCGUGCCCCCCAGCAUAGGGGUGGUGUCCCGCAUAGAACAGAUUGACAUCAUCCCGGGGCCCGACGGCCGCUUCGGCUUCACCAUCGUGGGCGACAGCCCUCUUCUGGUGGAGGACUGCAUGCCCAGCUCCCCGGCGGGCCGCAGCGGCCUGCGGGCGGGCGACUACGUGAUGGAGGUGAACGGGCUGCCGGUCAAGCAGCACGAGAUGGCGGCGGCCAUGAUCAAGGCCUCGCAGGGGCGCACGCUGCGCCUGGGAGUGCUCAGCAUCAACCGCUGGCAGCGCCGCUCCGCUAGCGCCAGCAUGAAGGAGGCGGCGGCCAACGCGGCAGCCAACGCAGCAGCGGGCAUGACCACCCCGGUCAACAUCGGCACCCCUGGCAGCGCUGUGGCCGGCGGCGGGCCUGUCAGUCCGCCACACAUGAGCGGGGACAGUGUGCGCCAGGACCGCAAGCACAAAGCCCAGGAGUUCAAUAAAAAGGUGGAGGAGAUCCUGGGGGAAGAGCCGGAGGUGAAGGAGCGUCUGUUUGACGUGCUGAAGCAGUACGCCACCGAGAGGGACGUGGAGAACCUGGCCUGCAUCCUCCCCGAGAUCCUCAUCACCGAGGAGCAUCAGCAGCUCAUCGAGAGCGUCAGGAUCUUUAUCCCCAAGAAGCACCGGCAGCGCUUCGACGAGGUGGUCUCCCAGAGCCUGAUCAGCAGGCUGCGCGGCCGCAGCUUCAGCGAGCAUCGGCACAACCGCCUGCGCCGCAGCCGCAGCGAGGACCACCCCGAGCGCCUGCUGGUUUCCGCACGCGCCAGCUCGUGCAGACCGGGCCACGAGGAGGGCCUGCCUCGCCUCGCUAGCCGGCCUCAUAAGACCACCUCGCUCAUCGCCGGACAUGCCAGCGCUGCUGCCAACGCCAACCGCAGGACUGUGCGAGUGUACAAAGGCAACCAGAGCUUCGGCUUCACCUUACGAGGCCAUGCUCCAGUCUGGAUCGACUCUGUCAUCCCAGGUAGCCCGGCCGAGCAGGCAGGCCUGAAGCCUGGAGACCGCAUCUUGUUCCUUAAUGGACUGGACAUGAGGAGCUGCUCCCAUGAGAAGGUGGUGUCCAUGCUGCAGGGCAGUGGCGCCAUGCCCACGCUGGUGGUGGAGGACGGGCCGCCCAUGUUCGUGCUGCCCGACCCCGAUCUCCAGCCGCCGGGCGGGGCCUCCCCACAGGGCCGCUCGCGUUCCCGCUCGCCCGUGCUCACCUCCCUGCAGUGGGUGGCCGAGAUCCUGCCGCCCAGCAUCCGCGUGCAGGGCCGCACCUUCAGCCAGCAGCUGGAGCACCUGCUCACCCCACAGGAGCGCUACACCAUCUGCAAGGCCCUGGAGGCCUUCUUCCAGCACAGGAAUGUGGACACUUUGAUUGUGGACGUGUUCCCUGUGUUGGACACACCGGCCAAGCAGGUGAUCUGGCAGUUCAUCUACCAGCUGUUGACGUACGAGGAGCAGGAGCACUGCCAGACCAAGAUCUCACGCUUCCUGGGCUACAGAGUCACAAUGCCCCCUGUUGAGCCUGAGCCGGCCCCUGAGCCCCACCGGCGCAGCAGCUCCAUGAAGGUGACGGGCACCACCUACAGGAGUAGUGUGAGAGGACGCAGCUCAGACGACCUGGUCAUCGGCACACAUCUGGGCAUGGGCAUCCGCACGGAGCCUGUGGAAGUAGGCAUGAGGCUGGCUCCCGGGGAGAGGCAGUCCGGAGAUGGCACCUCCCUCCCAGAGACGCCCAACAACCUGACCAACCUGUCCGCUGUGUAUGCGGAGCUGGAGAAUGCGUACGCAGGGAAGCGGUCAAAGUCCCUCAAGAGUCGCCCUCCGCCUGCUCCUGACUCUCUGGUUGGCAUAGACCCCUUCACACAUGCCCCUUCUCCAUCCAUGCGGACAACUUCAGGCAGCAGAAAGCACCAGCCCCCCCAACAGCAGCCCCAGCAAUGGUCCGAGCCUCUCCCUGAGCCCCAGUACUACCCCCCUGUGCUGCCCACGCAGACCAGUGCCGAGUCCAACCCCUACAUCAGCCUGGACAGCCCCCCGCCCUCGCCCCCCGACUUUGCCCCGAGCCCUCCGCAGCGCCUCCGCAAGCGCUACACCUUCUCCCGACCCCCACGCACCGUGGACACCGAACGCUUCCUAGAGGCCCUCAGCCAGCAGAUGGGUCAGUCCACCGUCGGCCCAGACGACUUCCUCUCCCCCGAGAACGACUACGAGGAAGAUGUUGUCCAGAUGGGCUUCCAGGACGAGGAGGAGGAGGAGGAGGAGGAAGAGGACGAGGGCGAGGAGGGCGAGGAGGGAGGCGUCUUCCUGCCCCCGGAGUUGAGCAGUGCCAGCGAGCUGCACAGCGGCCCCAGCAGUGAGGACGCCAGCUCGCUCACCUACUCCUCCGGCUCCGAGCCCAUCCCUCCACCCCCCCUCACCCCCCCUCCCCCGCCGCCCGUCCAGUUCAACGACCAGUCCGGGCACCCCGGAGGUGGGGGUGGUGGCGGUGGUGGGGUGGCUUACACCCCUGAGCACGGCGGCCGCGUGCUGACCUUCCGCCGGCACCCUGGGCCCCCUCCGCCUCCCCCUCCCCGGUCCAACCCGCCGGCGUCGGGCCCCAAGCGGCACUCGCUGCACAAGGUGCUGCCCACCCGGGAGGACCUGCUGAUGGACCACCCACAGCAGCAGCAGCAGCAGCAGCACCCGCAGCUGCAGCACUACCAGGAGCCCAUGGACCAGCACCAGGAGCACCACUCCCUCCCAGUGCAGCCCACCCCGCAGGCUGUCCACCAGGGCCAGCAGCAGCACCACCACCACCAGUCCCUGCCACGCUGCCCUCGCCUGAGGCCGGCGUCCACCCUGGCCAUGCUGUGCUCUACCAGAUGCACCAGGCCCAGCAGGCCCAACAGGCACACCAAGCCAAACAGGCACACCAAGCCCAACAGGCCCAACAGGCCCAACAGGCUCAGGCCGCUCACCAUCACACUCAGCAGGCCCACCAGACCUACCAAACUCACCAGAGCCACCAGGCGCAGCACCCCCAUCACCACUCCCCCAGCCCUGUGCAGCAGCUCCACCAUAUGCACCACCACCACCACCCACACCACUCCCACCACCACCACUCACAACAGCAGAUGCAACAGCAGCAGCAGAUCCAGCAGCAGAUCCAGCAGCAGAUGCAACAGCAGCAGCAGCAGCAGCAGCAGCAGUCUCCCCACCAGAUGCAGCAGAUCCAGAUCCACCAGACCUACCCGCCGGCCCAGCCGGCUCACCUGCUCCAGCAGGUGCACCAGACGCAUCCCAUCCACCACUCCUACUCGCACCCCAUCCACCCCGGCCAGCACAGCAGCCCCCGCCGCAGCCCCAGCAACCCCACAGCCUCCACCCCUGCCCCAGCAACAGCAUCAGCAGCAUCAUCAGCAUCAACAGCAUCAUCAGCAGCACGGCCAAGCCCAUCAGAGCCAUCAGCCGCACCCGUCCAGCCAGCAGGCCCGCCAGAGCCCCCAGCCCCAGGCCAUGGCCCAGGCCCAGGCCCAUCACCACGCCCAGGGUCAUCACUCGGAGCUGGAGCCCCCGCCGCCUCCGCCCCCUCCCCCGCCCUGCGAGCCUCCGCCGCUGCCCCGCCAGCCCACUCUGGACUCCAGCCACAUGAGCGUGAAGCGUCUGCGCUGGGAACAGGUGGAGAACUCCGAGGGCACCAUCUGGGGACAGAUGGGGGAAGAUUCUGAUUUCGAUAAGCUGAGUGACAUGGUGAAGUAUCUUGACCUUGAACUGCACUUUGGAACUCAGAAGGCUCCAGUGGCUGUUCCAGAGCCUGUACCUCAGCCCGAGACCUUCAAGAAGAAGGAUGUUGUGGAGAUCCUCUCCCACAAGAAGGCCUACAACGCCUCCAUCUUGAUUGCUCACCUAAAGCUGUCCCCGGCGGAGUUACGUCAGGUGCUGAUGACCAUGGCCACCGAGCGUCUGGAAUCCGCGCACAUCAAGCAGCUUCUGCUCUACGCCCCGGACGAGGAGGAGGUCAGGAAGUAUGAGCUGUACAGGCAGGACCCCAACAAGCUCAGCGAGCCCGACCAGUUUGUGCUGCAGAUGCUGUCUGUUCCUGAGUACAAGACCCGUUUGCGGAGCCUGUUUUUUAAGACCACCCUGCAGGAGAAGACGGAGGAGAUGCGCGGGGCCUACGAGUGUGUCUACACAGCCUCCAUGGAGCUCAAGACCAGCAAGAAGCUGGCCAAGAUCCUGGAGUUUGUAUUGGCUAUGGGGAAUUACCUGAACAAUGGCCAGCCCAAGACUAAUAAGACCACUGGGUUUAAAAUCAAUUUUCUCAAUGAGCUCAGCACAACCAAAACUGUGGAUGGGAAGUCCACCUUUCUGCACAUUCUUGUCAAGUCACUUUAUCAACACUUUCCAGAGGUGCUGGACUUUGCCAAGGAACUGACAACAGUGCCCCUGGCAGCCAAAGUGAAUCAGAGGAACAUCACCUCUGACCUCAACGACCUGCAUGGCACCAUCCAGGAGAUCCGCACGGCCUGUCAGAAGAUGCCAGCCACAUCCGAGGACCGCUUCGCUGUGGUCAUGAGUGGCUUUCUGGAGAACUCACACCCAGCGGUGCAGUCUCUGGAGUCCCUGCAGCAGAGGGCCAUGGAGGAGUUCUUCCGCGUCGCCUCCUUUUUCGGCGAGAACAGCGCGGCCACCACCGUCGAUGCUUUCUUUGGCAUCUUCGCCGAGUUCAUGUCCAAAUUUGAGAGGGUUUUGAGUGAGAACCAGGCAACAGAGAAUCCUCCACGGAGUCCCCGAAGCCCACGCGUAGCCUCACCUCUUGCGUGGUGAGGGGUGCCAGACACACACACACACACACACACACACACACACACACACACACACACACACACACAUGAAAUAUCACGUGACACAUUGUCUGUGACUCCAUGACAGUAACCAUGAAGAGACGUGUAAAGCAGAUAAGAUGACCUUUGCCAAUUCUACAACACUGGUGUAGAAGUCCUCUGAACUGGAGAAUUUCUACGGUGGAAUAAUGAUGAAUGUCUUAAUUUCUACAAGAUGGAUUUGGUCGGCAGAGGAGACACACAGUAAAGACACAGUCUGACUCAAAUCUGUUGUUCCUUUCCCAGUGUGGGGAUUAACUAGUAAUUAAACCCCACACAUGUCUGAAGAGCAGCCUUACCAGUGUUCCUUGACUAUUUAAACUAAUUAAACUGAGCUCAGAACAGCCAUCAUUAGCACAGAAUUUUGUGCGGUAUCAUCUUGCAAGUACCCUGGCUAACACCAGACCGCUUAUUAAAUCAAAUUUACCAACAGGUUUGUCUGGGUUAAUCUAGGCUACCUUGCAAGUGUGUACGUAAGCUGAGAUGGUAUUGAGUGUCCUGAGGAACUACUUCUGUAGACAAAUUCUGCAGUAAGAAUCUUGUUAAUUCAAACCUGUGCAAAUAGACUGUAGACGUAAGAGUAUACGACAACAUUGACUUUUAUGCUGAAUGUAUGUUGUAAUUACCCUGUAUUGAAAGCAAGUGUUGUUAUUAUACAGUAUUCAUAUCUAAAAUCUAAUGUCUGUGAAAUCUUUCACAUUAUGCUUUGGCUUCUUGUUCCAAACUGCUGUAUUGAAUGUAUACACUGUUGAGCAUUGUAAGGGCUUGGACUUAACUUAUUGAUCACAUUAAGUUUAAUUUAGUUUGUUUUGUAAAAUGUACAACAGGAAUCCUCCAUUUUCUUUUUCUUCUUCAGUUAGGAAUUCAUAGGAAGCAGACAUUUCCUCCUCUGUUGGUUUUGGUUCCCUCAGUUUUAUCUUUUAGUUAAAUAGCAGAUUAGAUUUAAACACUUUUAUAUCAUAAAGGCAUCUUCACCAAUUCUUUAUGUGGUUUUGUUUCUUUACUACAGCCCAAGACUAGACUGUGAAAUAUAAGUUGGAAGAAGUUAUUAUCAUGGAUAGAAGUGGUUCUCAUUUGUAAAAGUGUAUAUAGAUGUGCCUAUAAAUUAUUGACCAUGUACCAGGAGUACUACCAGAAUGGCAUAGCCUACCAUGCUUCAGCUAAUGUGUAUAUUCUGGCAUGUGGUAGAAUUUUAAAGCAUUUAUGAUUUUACUAAUAUAUCAGCAUUGUUAUAAUUUGAUUACGUCCUCCACACUUAACAGCUUGAUGACCAUGUGUCCUUCGAAUGGGGUUAAUGUGUGUGACCAUGGGUCCUUCAACCUCUCUGAUAUUGCUAAGUCAUGCUGUAUAAAUCUAAAUGGCUCUUCAUGCGCCUGGCUCUGUUUGCAGUGACACUUUUGGGUGGCAGCAGCAGCAGCACAGCACUGGUUACAGUGUUCCCUAUUUGGAACACUUUGCAAAAGCGGUAGGGCGGAUGGACAUAUAAUCCUGAAUGAAAUAAAAAGAAAGAUACAGUAAAGAUACAGUACAAAACUCCAGAUAAGCCUUGCAACCAUGUCAUUUUAGGUGCUUGUGAUAAGACUGUUGUGCUGGGCUUUGUGUAAGAGCUUGAUAAGGGCCAUUUGACUUGAGGGAACAUUUAGGCGUUUCUUUGGCCUGUGUUGAAAAGUGUGGUCUUACAAUGCUGUCAGUCUGUCAUUAACUUGUAGACACGUUUUGACAGUGUUGCUGUUUGUUGUCAUUACCUGUGUGGGUAAUAAAACACUUACAUUUUAA